AUGGAGGCUGUGGACGUUAAGGAGAGGAUCGUUGUAGGAUUUUUGGGAGUAGAUGAGGGUUUAACUCUACCCGACCGAGAACUAGUGGAAGAAGUUGUCAAAACUAUUCUGAGCAAGUUGAGACAUGAUUUUCAGCUUGAUGUUCCUAAGCACUUAGUUGGAGUUGACGAUCAUGUCAACAAAAUUAGGAAUUGGGUAGUCACUCCAGCUAGUCAUGCUCGGAUGAUUGGAAUAUAUGGCAUGGGCGGGAUCGGAAAAACGACUCUUGCCAAGGUCAUCUACAAUGAGCUGUCGAAUGACUUCGAGUAUCGGAGCUUCCUUCCGGAUAUACGAGAAACGGCUCACCGCAACGGUAUUCCUCAUAUACAGAAUCUACUAAUUAAGGAAAUACAACCAAUUGAACAUCAAGUUAGUAAAGUUGAUGACGGAAUUAGUUUGAUCAAGUCUAAAUUUAAAGGAAAAAAAGUUCUCAUUCUUCUAGAUGAUGUUGAUAACCAAGAUCAACUAAAUGCUUUGGCUAGAGAAUGCGAUUGGUUUAUGAUAGGAAAUAUCAUCAUUGUUACAACGAGGUAUGAAGCUGUUCUUGAUCGGUCUGAAUUCCAGGUAGACUACAAGUAUGAAUUGAACGAAUUAGACGAGGAGCAUUCUUUGCUUUUGUUUAAUAGACAUGCAUUUCGCAUGGGCCAUUGUUCAAGGCAAUUUGAAGGUAUCUCUCACAACAUCUUAUCUACCAUGGGUGGGCUUCCCCUAGCUAUCAAGGUCAUAGGUUCAUACUUAUAUGGAAAAACAAAUGAGAAAGUAUGGCAAGAUACGCUAAAGAAAUUGAGAAGUGAACCGCAUCGAGAUGUCCAAAAGACAUUGAUGAUAAGUUUUGAUGCAUUGGAACCUGGACAUAAGGAGAUUUUUCUCGAUAUUGCUUGCUUCUUUAUUAACGAAAACAGCAAAUUCGCCAUUUACAUGUGGGAGGACUAUGAGUUUUAUCCAAAUCAAGGAAUUGAAGAGUUGAAGCUGAGGUGCUUAGUAGAAAUUAGAGAUCAUGGUGAGUUUAGGAUGCAUGAAGAGAUCUUGGAAGGAGCAUUUUUUGCCAAGGACAACCAAGAGCUAAGAGAUAUCUAA